GGCAAGGUCAGAGCCAUCCCUGAGAGCUCCCCCAGCAGCUCCACCUGCCCCUCGCCUGGCUACGACUGCCACGUCUCCAGCGGGAGCAGCCAGUACUACGUGUACGAUAGGUGAGCGGGGCGGGAGCGGCCGAGCGGCCCCGCCAGGUGUGUCCCUACGUGCUGCUGUCCUGCCAGUACCGCCCGCCCCGGGAGAUGCCCGCGCCGGCCCCGCCGCGCCCAGCGGAGCAGAACCACCAAGAGCCGCGGGCGCUGUGGGCGCCGUGCCCGUGGCGGGGCCAGCUGUGCAUCGGGGGGCGGCGCCUGUGCACCAUCGGCCUGAGGAGCCGGCACUGCGCGGGCAGCGUGCCCGCCCAGCUGCCUCCCAGCCUGGACAUCAAACACGUCAUGGGAUUGUCUGACUUGAAGAAAAAACUUCCAGAAGCUGCAUUUGGGAAAAAAAAUUACACUAGGAAUGAAGUCUGCUUUCAGGGUGUUUACUCCAGUCUCUACGAGGUGGAGAUAUCCAACAAGGAUCAAUCCAAAAUGGAUCAGCUGGUGGAAAACCUGAAGGAGAAGGACUUGGCAAUCAUCAAAUAUUUACAGGACCAAGGAGUUCUCAUCCUGCUCACGUCCUCGGCCUUGGCACGGGACGAUGGCCUGGAGCCCAAGGAGCCCGUCAGCCUGCUGGCCCUGUUCCUGUUCAGCUCCCCCCGGGCCCUGAGCCCCCGAGUGGAGAAGCAGGACUCCAGGGGCAGGAAGGAGGGCAGUUCCAGGAGCUCCAUCUCCCUGAGGAUCGCCUCCGUGCUGCCGGGGCUGCGCUACGCCCUGCGCAAAGCGGCCGCUUCCUCCUGCGGUGCCGCGGGCAGCCCCCGCAUCCAGGAGCACCUCCAGGAAUAUGCAGAGCUCCAGGGAAGCUCUCCGGGCAGCCCUGGCCCGGGCAGUGACGUUCCCAGUGUCCCUGUCCCCUCUCCAUGCCAGGAUGGGGAUGCUGUCCCUUCCCAGAAGCUCUCGGAGCAAUCCCUGGCCCAGCUGCGCCGUUACCUCUCCGACCCCAGCGGCUUCACCCUGGGAAUCUCAGCUGCCUUGCAGUGUCUCCGUGGGGCUGGCAGGAAUGUGGCAGCUGAUCCUGGCAAUUCCUCCUCCUCCUCCUCCUCCUCGGUGCCCCCAGGUGCUGCUCCUUGCACCAGAGCAGCGGGAGCCAUGCGGGAUAAGAGAGAACUUCCCAGUCCCGCCCCAGAGAGAUUCCUUAAAAGUGUCACCUCUCCCACCAAGCCCUGGGGCCGGGAGCUCAGGAGGAAAUCCAGCAGGAUCCUCAGGAAGAACACUCCACCCCCCAAGGCACAGACACCUCCUGGGGAGAGCAGCAGCAGGAGCAGGGAGGCGGCCAAGAAGAAAACCAACGGCGCUUCCUCUUGUCCCAAAAAAUCGGCGUCCACGGGAAAUUCCAACGAGCCCAUGCUGAAAUUGGCCAAUUUGCAGUUGCCACAUGGAAGGAAAAGAGGUGCAGAGGUCCUGGCUGCAGAAAUUGUCCACAAACCCCAGUGUGAAAGUGCUGAGAAGGAAAGCUCAGCUCCCAGCAGUCCUGCUGUGGAGGCAAAGAGGCCAAAAACCCUGGAAAACCUGGACACAAAGAAGGUUCCUGUCACUGAGGGUGGCACAAAGCCAGGGAAAAGCAAAACGCAGAAAAACGUGGAAAACAGAGCGGCAAAACCUCCGGAGAAGCAGCAGGAGGAGAGCGAGCGGAAGGAGCAGCCCUCAGAGCUCCCGAGCGAGGCCUCAUCCCAACCCCCCGGAGCAGAAAUCCCCAGGAAUGUUCAUCCCAUGGCAAUUCCCAGCUUUGCCUUUGCCCUGCCAGGGGACAACAGCGACUCCCACGCCCUGAACCUGCUGGCUGACCUGGCGCUGGGCUCCUGCAUUCCUGCCUUUAUUCCCAAAGAUUCUGGGGUGGUCCCCGUGGAAUCCGGGGAUUCCUGCGAGCAGCAGAGCCCGUCCGAGCCCAAAUCCCUGCGCGUGGCCUCCGACCACAAAUACCACAGGGCAGACAAGCAGGGCAAAAAAUCCACCUCCGCCUACAGCAAGGUGUCCCAGAGCCAGGCGCUUCCUGAGCAAACAGAUCCCAGCCAGCUGGCCUCUCCUCCCAGGGAGAAAACCUCUGGGAUUGUCAGCAGGAGCAGCGCCGGGUUCCAGGCGUUCCCUCCCCGCCCAGCCUGCGAGGUGAACUCACACUCCAUCAUCUCAGCCGAGCACUCCUACGCCUCCCCCAUGCCCGAGGAUCCCAAAGCAACCCCAGAUCCCAAAGGGAAUAAUCCCAGGAGCGCCCCAGCAGCUCCCUUGGUGGGGAAGGUGCUGCCGUUCCGGCACCAGCAGAGCAGCGCCGCCGAGCCCGCCCGCAGCCGGAGCUCUCCCAGGAAAAAGGAGGAAUUCUCCAAGAGCCACACGGUGAAUCUCUGUGGGAGCUCCAUGAAGGUCACGUGCCGCUGGGAAGAGGAAUAUCUCUUCCACCUGGACAGCAGGUACACCAACGAUUCCCUGGAGAAAACCGUCAUCCGGGCCCUGCAUGGGCCCUGGGAUCCCGAUCUUCCCGACGACGUGGAGGGGAUGAAGCUGAUCCUGCACAUGUGGGUGGCUCUGUUCUACAGGAAGCCCAGCAAGCUCCUGAGCAGCUCCAGGAAGGUGGUGGAGCACAGCAAUCCCAGCAAAUUCGUCUCCAUCAACAGCUCCGGUGGCUUCCUGGAGCUCAGUGACGACAGCCAGGACUGCUUUGGCUUCGAGACGUGUCCUGCGGACUCGGGCUCGGAUCCUGACCAGACUCCCAGCAGCUCCCUGGAUGCCAGCGCCCCUGCCCAGGGCGGCCCCCAGCCCCAGAGGAGCGCCGCGGACUCGCAGACGGACGCGGACGGGGCUGCCGGAGCUGUGGACAGCACGGUGUCCUCCUCCUCGGGGGAGCUGCCCUGCGGGGAGGGGGAGGAGGAGGAGGAGCCUUCCUCCACCAGCUGUCCCGAGAGCCUUCCCCUGCCGGAUGGUUCCAGGGAAAAGCUGGAUGGGGCGGGCGGGGAGCCCGAGGGCGUUGCCGAGGAGAGAGCGCGCGGUGUCUCCAGUGUCACCGAUGUCUCCAGUGUCACUGCGGAGGAGCCAGCCAAGCAGGAGCUGCUGGAUGCCAGGAUCACCCCCAGCCCUCCCGAGGAGCUCGGCUGUCCCAGCAAAUCCCCGGAUGCGCCAGAAAACGCCGGGAGCCAAACCCCGAACUCCAGCACAGCUCCAUGGACAGACCCCCCGUGUGCAGCUCAGGAAAACGGGGAGCAGCAGCAGGAAGCAGGCUCAGGGAGUGGCCCCGGCCCUCCCGAGGAUGAGGAGGGAGCGGGAGGCUCUGGGCAUUCCCUGGAAGGUGAGGGUGGCGCUGAUCCACAGCCUGCCUGUGAUUCCUUGGAAGCAGCUCCUGGAAGUGCAGAGCCUGGGGGAGCCCCUGAGGAAGGGGAGGAAUGCCAGGAGCCCUCAGAGCACUCAGAAAAGGAGAGAGAGGAGGAGGAGGAGAAGAAGGAGUGCGAGGAGUUGGAGGAUGAAGGCUCCUUCACGGGCCCCGUGGGUUUGGUGCUGUCCGAGAGCAGCGAUGCUGAGAUGGAAUGCGAGCAGAAUCCGGGGAAUUCGGCAUCUCCUGAGGAGUUUGGUGUUCCUGAACAGGAGCCCGUGCCCAGCCCCACCUCCCUGGCACCCCCCUGCCCCGACAGAUCCUCGCCAGCGCCCUCAGAAGGGGCUGGGACUGUCCCUGGAGGCUUUCCUGAGGAGGUGUCACCGAACCAGGAGGAGCUCCCGGAUCCCUGGGACGCUCCGGGCACGCCGGAGUCGGAGACAAACGGGGUUGGAGUGGCCGAGGUGGGCUCACCGCACAGUGACCACAGCGCAGUGGGGUCACACACAGUGGCCGGCCCUGUCCGUGGGGCACGGCCUGACAGCGUCACAGACAGCGCGGGGCCUGCCGGGGCCACGCCUGCCUCCGAGCCCUCCGGAGAGCGCUGGGAGCGUGCUGGGGGCGCGGGAUCCGCCCGCAGGCCGGCGGUGAGCCUGACCCUGUCCCCCGACACCAGCUCUGUGUGCCCGGCCUCUCCCCAUGGCUCCCUGGGUCCGUGGGCUGCUCCGGAGGAUCAGCCCGUGCAGAGCCUCCAGUCGCCGUCCCAGAGCGACCUGGGACUGAGCAGCUGCUGCUCCCAGCGGGGUGGGGGCGACGCCGAUCCCCACCCCAGUUCCCGGGAUGCUGAGGAGUCAAACCAAGGUGGGAACGGGGUUUUGGUGGAGGAACAGCUGGGGAGCCCCUCUGCCAAUGGCACGGAGGAGCUGGAUGAUCCCAUGGGAGCAGGAGACGGCCGGGACUCCCCCUUUGAGUACACAGACAUAGGAGAUGAGUGCAGAGCUGAGGAGAGCGGGGAUGUGUUCCCUGGGACGGAGAAUUCCCCUGGGAACGACACCACGAACAUGGAGAUGGCAGAGAUCCCUCUCCACCAUCACCUGGAACCAGAGCCCUCCUCCUCCAUCAGGGAGGGCAUCUCAGCCAUACAGGAGCUCCGCAGGCAGCAGCAGAGCUUCCCAAACAUCCACGGGGACUCAGCUCCUGCUUCUCCUGCCGCCGGACACUCUGACCGCGGCGUUCCCGCCGUGCCGGGCCGGCGGGAGUCGGUGCUGUGCCGCCUCUGGAAGCCGUGCCGGGAAGGAGGAGCCGCACACGUGAGCGUGGCUGCCUGGAGCCUGGAUGGUUCCUUCCAUCCCAGCUGUUCCCAGGAGCUGGCGGAGUCCCCAGCUCCCUGCUCUCCCGUGGAAGCGUCAGCAGAGCUGGGAUCUGCUCCUCCUUCUCCGUAUGAUCCAUGGGACGAUCCGGAGCCGGCAGAGCCGGGCUCGCCCCUCCCUGAGGCGCUAACUGGGAUGCUCCCUCCCACUCCAGACAGCGCCCGCUGGGCUGGGAGCCAGGGCAGCCCCAGGAGCAGCCCCAGGAACCAUGGCAGCCCCAGGAGCAGCCCCAGGAACCAUGGCAGCCCCAGGAACCAUGGCAGCCCCAGGAGCAGCCCCGGGAGCUGUGGUAGCCUCGGGAGCUAUGGUAGCCCCAGGAUCUGUGGCAGCCCUGGGAGGUGUGGGAGCCCUGGGAGCAGCCCCAGGAGCAGCCCCAGGAGCUGUGGCAGCUUUGGGAACCAUGGGAGCCCCAGGAGCUGUGGCAGCCCUAUGAGCCAUGGUAGCCCCAGGAGCCCUGGUAGCCCCAUGAGCGGUGGUAGCCCCAGAAACCAUGGUAGACCCAUGAGCCAUGGCAGCCCCAGGAGCCUUGGUAGCCCCAGAACCCAUGGUAGCCCCAGAAGCCAUGGUAGCUCUGGUAGCCCCAGGAGCCCUGGUAGCCCCAGAAGCUGUGGCAGACUCAUGAGCCCUGGCAGCCCCAGAAGCCAUGGUAGCCCCAGGAGCUGUGGUAGCCCUGGGAGCAGUGCCAGGAGCCCUGGUAGCCCCAGGAGCUGUGGUAGCCCCAGGAGCUGUGCUAAAAGAAAUCCUAAGGAAUGGCAAACCGCCCUUUUCUACCUCCAAAAGCCUCUUCCCGACGGACUUCUCUCCCCACGUCCCGCUGUCCCCACGCAGCAGGAGCCCCCUGCAGGUGACAAUUCCGCCCUCGGACGGGUGGCUCCGCUCGCGCAGGGACCCUCGGGCCGCCAGGAGGGGCCGGGCCCGGAGCCGGGAGCGCGGGGCCGCGCUGCGCCUGGGCCGGCUGCGGCACCAGCACGGCCCGGAGCCGGAGCCACGCGGACGGGGACGGGCGGACGGGAAGUGGCCGGCAUCCUGCACGAGUUCUCCGAGUUCCAGAGGGUGCUGCUGGCCGGGGCCCGGGCCGGGAGUGCUGCCCCGGGCAGGGGAGGCCGGGGCGCCAGGCCGGGGCUGGCCCGGCCCCGCAGGACUGCGGCGUUCCCGGGAAUGGUGGCGGAGCUGUGCGGGGCCCUGCGGUGCCGCCUGCGCCGCGUGGCCGCCAGCCGGCAGCCGGGAAUGUUCUACCUGCUGGAGACCGGGAAGGAGCCCUUCUUCGACAGGGCCAAGGCCCUGCUGAAGGCAGAGGGGUUCGUGAGGAUGGAGCCCCUGAGCUUCUGCAGAGCCCAGCACCGGGACAGCGAGCGGCUGCUGGUCAUCGUCAGGAACGAGGACAUCGCCUCCCACAUCCACACUGUGCCGUGCCUGCUGGAGCUGGAGCGCUGUCCCAGCGUGGUGUUUGCCGGUGUGGACGAGCCCGAGGAGGUGACAGGGGACACAUUCCAGGAGCUCUUCCAGGCCGGGGGGUUCGUGGUGUCCGACGAGGAGCUGCUGGAAGGGGUGACCCUGGGCCAGCUGAAGGAGGUGGUGAAGGUGCUGGAGAAGCUGAACAGGAGCGGGAGGUGGAAGUGGCUCCUGCACCACAGGGAGAGCAAGAAGCUCAGAGGAGACCUCAGGGACGAUGGCAGUGCCCAGAAGAAGCAGCUGCUGCUGAGGUGGUGCCAGGGGGCAGAGCUGCUGGAGCUGCUGCCCUUCCACGGCUGCGACGCGGCGGCCGAGCCCCGGCGCGCCCAGUGCCUGCUGGGGCUGCAGGCGCAGCACGUCCGCGCCCGCUUCGCCGUGUACCUCACAGAAAAUCCCAGCAGCAGCUGCAGGGAGAUGCUGGAAAGCAAAGGAAUUCUUGUGGCUGACAUCACCACCUUCCUCGGGACGGUGCAGAAAGUGGCUGCUCCCUUCAGAAGAAGCUACUGGUAA